GGCUGUAGCGAUGUUGCGCGCGUCGCAUAACGUCAUUGGAGUGGAGGGCGGAGUCUUGUGCCGCCCUGCGUCGUGGCGGCAGUCUGUUUCCGGCCGGCGCGCGCCCCGUACGGCUCCAUGGUAGAACACACGCAGGUGGACUGCUCUCAGGCGGGUGCCAUGCAAACUCUAACGCCUCAACCGCACCGCGAUGCUGACGAUGACCAGCUCGCCGACGAGUACGUCCAAAACUUUGAGCUGGAUCAUCUCGAGGAUCACCAUCUUGUGAAACGCGAGCCUCUAAAAGGUGGUUGGCGCGAUCUCGUAGAGUCGUUACCUGCCUGUGCCCGGGCUUACAGACAAUGGCCUGAUACCGGCCCAUACCCGCAGCCUCAUGUAGCGAUUGCAGUAGAUCCCAGUACGCCGCCGGAAACGCCGCCCGCACUCGUCGGACGGAGUCCUUGCCGCGCUCAGCCCGGUGAAGAUAUUGUUUGGCUUCCUCAUAUGCGAGAACCUCUCGAUAUGCGCACCGUACCUUGUGGCAGCUACGAAGAGUGGGAUAGACGCGAGUGGAGAGAACAAGACCAUCAUAUACAGCAGGUCGGCAUGCGCCCGCCAAGCUCGUGCUCCGCUAUAUCGCCACGAGGCGGUCCUCAUCCGUCGUACCAACCUUCUUCUUGCGGAGACGACCUCAUCAGCGACGACUUGCUUAUGACCUUGAGCGUCCGUGAGCUUAAUAAACGACUACACGGAUUCCCCCGCGAUGACGUGACACGGAUGAAACAGAAACGCCGUACAUUAAAAAAUCGAGGAUACGCGCAAAAUUGCCGUAGUAAAAGGCUUCAGCAGCGCCAAGAGCUCGAGCUGGCGAACCGCUCGCUUCAAAACGAGGUGCAUUUGCUGCAGUUGAAAGUGGCGCGCGUGACGCACGAGUGCGACGUGCUCAAGCAGAGGCUGUCGCUGGUGGAGCGCGAGCACGCGGUGCCGCAGCACGCGGGGCACGCGCCGCCCACGCCUCACUCCUCGCCGGAGUUCUUCUCGGAGCUGUGACGGCAGGGCGCGGCGCCGCGGCCCGCCGCCGCCUCCGCCGCUACCUCGGGCGCCUCCUCCUCCGCGUGCGCCUGGCAGCGCUACUGAACGAUUGCGAUGAUGGACUGCUCGUGCUUUUGUUAAGUUUGAAAAUUAAUUAAUAAUUAUCAUCAGUUCCAGUUUUAUAGUUUUUUAAUGGUGGAACAUUGAGGCCGUGAAUUUUGAACGAAAGGGCUAUUCAAACACCGUGUUAAAUGUAUGGUUGUGUCGUAUAUUCAUAGUUCGUUAAAGUAUAUUAUGUAUUAUUAAAAAUUAUACAUAAGUUAAAAUGAUGCAACUCAUUAAUCAUAUAAUUGUAAAUAGUUACAUAAAUAAUAUGAAUAUUA